GUUGAGUUAAACAGUAAACACUGCUUUACGAGGAAAGAGAGUCUUGGAGUCGCGUGUGUAGAGAAAAAUACAUACAUGAUGAGAAGUGUCGAGGCUGACUUUGUAAACAAAGUGGAUUUAUAAGCAAACUCUUGAGUCAGAGGAACUGAAAUAUCCUGCUCGCCAUCCCAUCAUGAGCUACAGGAAGAUGGACAAGUAUGGGGCUCCACAGUAUUGCCGCCAUUUUCUGGCUGACAACAGCGUCUUCCAUGUUGAGCGAUGCAUGAGUGUGAUGCAGUCGGGGACUCAGAUGGUGAAGCUGAAGAAUGGCUCUAAAGGUCUGGUCCGGCUCUUCUAUUUGGAUGAACACCGUUCCUGUAUACGCUGGAGACCAUCACGCAAGAGUGAGAAAGCCAAGAUCACCAUCGACUCACUCUACAAGGUCACAGAAGGGCAUCAGUCUGACAUCUUCCAUCGUCAUGCGGAGGGGAACUUUGAUCCCGGUUGCUGUUUUACUAUUUACCACGGCAAUCACAUGGAGUCACUGGACUUGGUUACCUCAAACUCGGAGGAAGCGCGGACUUGGGUGACCGGACUCAGAUAUCUGAUGGCUGGUAUCAGUGAUGAAGAUUCACUAGCUAAGAGGCAGCGCACACACGACCAGUGGAUGAAGCAGACCUUUGAGGAGGCUGAUAAAAAUGGAGAUGGUUUUUUAAACAUCGAGGAGAUCUACCAGCUUUUACACAAGAUGAAUGUCAACUUGCCUCGGAGGAAAGUUAAACAGAUGUUCCAGGAAGCAGAUACUGAUGACCAGCAGGGCACGUUGACGUUUGAGGAGUUCACUGUCUUCUAUAAGAUGAUGUCAUUAAGACGAGACCUUUUUUUACUGCUCAUGUGCUUCAGCGAAAAGAAGGAUCAUCUGACCGCAGAGGAACUCGGGAACUUUCUGCGUGUGGAGCAAAAGAUGUCCAGUGUGACCCCUGAGUGCUGCCUGGACAUAAUCAAUAAGUUUGAAGUCUCAGAGGAGAACAAGCAGAAUGGAGUUCUUGGAAUCGAAGGGUUCACCAACUACAUGCGAAGCCCAGCCUGUGAUGUGUUUAACCCUCAACACCACGAGAUCAAUCAAGACAUGGAUCAGCCUAUUUGUAACUAUUUCAUAGCUUCCUCCCAUAACACUUACCUGACUGGGGACCAGCUGUUGUCUCACUCCAAGACGGACAUGUAUGCAUGGGUCCUGCAGGCCGGCUGCCGCUGUGUGGAAGUGGAUUGUUGGGACGGUCCGGAUGGGGAGCCUAUGGUCCAACACGGUUACACUUUAACCUCGAAGAUCACCUUUAAAUCUGUCAUUGAGACCAUCAACAAAUACGCCUUCGUAAACAACGAGUUCCCUGUGAUCCUGUCCAUAGAGAAUCACUGCAGCAUUCAGCAGCAGAAGAAGAUCGCUCAGCACCUCAAGGAGAUCUUCGGAGACAAGCUGGAUGUGGGGGAGGCCCUGAACAAAGACCCCAAGCAGCUCCCCAGCCCCAACUUGCUGAAGGGCAAGAUACUGUUGAAGGGGAAGCGCCUUCCUUCGUACCUGUCGGCAGAUGCUGAAGAGGGUGAAGUGUCUGAUGAUGACAGUGCUGAUGAGAUUGAAGAUGAUUUUAAACUGAAGAAUAGCACGUCUAAUGGGCCUAGUCAGCACCAGGUGGAGUCCCACAUCAGGAAGAAACUAGACUCAUUGAUGAAAGAGUCUAAGAUUGGGGACAAAGAGGACACAGACAGUUUCUCUAUUCGAGCGCUGCUUCGUGCCACCCACGAGGGCCUCCAAAGAAACUUACGCAAGAAUUCCAAAGACGGCAUGAAGAAAUCCCAGAGCCGUUCCUUUAUCAGCAACCUCAAGCACAAGAGGCACUCUAAAUCAAGGCUGAAAUGUCAAAGUGUUGAAACAGAAGAUGACAGCCAACAAGAGCCAUCAGUUGGACAGUUCAACAGAGGUGGACGGAGAAGGAAAACAAUAAAGCUGAGCAGAGAUCUUUCAGAUCUGGUGGUCUUUACCAAUUCUGUUGCCUCUCAGGAGUGUUUAGAUGAGGGAUCACCCUGUAAUGUUUUGUCAUUUAGUGAGGCACGAGCUCAGAACUUGGUGCACCAUCGAGCCGAGCGCUUCUUGACAUUCAACCAACGACAGCUUUCUCGGAUCUAUCCUUCUGCCUACCGAAUCGACUCCAGCAACUUUAACCCACAAACAUACUGGAAUGUGGGUUGCCAACUAGUGGCUUUAAACUACCAGACAGAGGGUCGUAUGAUGCAGUUAAACAGAGCCAAAUUCAUGGUGAAUGGAGGCAGUGGCUAUGUGCUCAAACCCAGCCUGAUGUCUAAAGGCGCCUUCAACCCUCUAAGUGAUGAACCACUUCCUGCAAAUCCUAAGAAACAGCUAGUGAUAAAAAUCAUUAGUGGACAGCAGCUGCCCAAACCUCCAGAUUCAAUGCUAGGGGACCGUGGUGAGAUCAUCGAUCCAUUCGUUGAGGUGGAGAUUAUUGGUCUGCCUGUGGAUUGCUGUAAAGAGCAAACCAGAGUUGUGGAUGAUAAUGGAUUUAACCCUGUGUGGGAAGAGACUCUGUCCUUCACACUUCAUAUGCCUGAGGUGGCUCUAGUCCGCUUUCUGGUCUGGGAUCACGACCCCAUUGGACGAGACUUUGUGGGCCAGAGAACCAUAGCUUUCAGCAGUCUAAUGCCAGGAUAUAGACACGUUUAUUUGGAGGGAAUGACAGAAGCAUCCAUUUUUGUCCAUAUCACAGUGCAUGACAUCUAUGGGAAGUGGAGUCCUUUAGUCCUCAAUCCAAGCUAUACCAUAAUGCACUUGCUAGGAGCUAAUAAGGGGCGCCAGCUUCGGGGUUUUAGAGGGUUAUUUAAUAAAAGUUCCAAGUCCUCUGUGGACACACAUAUUGGAGUUCCACCUCGUAAACGAUCCAUAACAGAUCACCUUCUUCGGAGGACUGCCAGUGCCCCUGCAAAAGGCCGCAAAAAGAACAAGAUGCCAUUGGCUGAAGCUACAUAUGACAGAAAGCAGAGCACUGGAGAUUCUCAGAGCACUUUUGUAGAGAAGAGGAUGGGGAACAGAAAAGCACUCCAGCAUCGCCCAGUAUCCAUGCCCCUGGAUAAGCUCCUGCACAGUCACCUCAACCUGUCCACCCCUGAUCAGGAGGAGCCUGAUCCUGGAGCAGACACGAUCAUUGAGUCUUUCUUCCGUGAGAAACCCAGAUCCAUCUCAGUGGAUCUUCUUUUUGAAACUUCUGCCUUCAAAGAACCUGAUGCCCAUGAACUUUCUGCUGACCAUAUUCAAGACUUUGACACUGAGCCCAAAGAUUUAAAAGAAACCCCAUACCUGGUCAAUGAGGGCAGUAAGAACAGUCUGAGUGAUCCUCAGAAAGAACACUUAAGAGAUUUUGGGAAGAGUUUCACUGAAGGCGAUAAAUUAUGUUCUACCCAAAGGCCAGAAGACCACUGGCCAGGUCCUUCAGAUAAGUGUAAUGGUGGCAGCAUUGUGCAAAGUGAAGAAAGUCUAAGAGAAUGUAGCCAAUUGGAAAGUCCUAAAAAGAAAUGUCUAACACCUAAGGCAGCCACGUAUUCCUCAACCUCCUCUUCUUCCUAUUCUUCAGGUAACUUCACCAAAUCACACUCGCCUAAAAUGGAUCCGUCAGACCAGAACAGUCUCCAGGACAGUGCUCUGUCUCGCCUUAUUGAUGCUGUCUCGCUAGAGAAUGAAUAUGACACUUGUGGGUCUAUAUCUGCUCUGAUUGGCCAAUUUGAACUCACUGCUCAGCAGAACACCCAAAUUAUAUCCAACUCACAACCCAUGAAAGAUUCCUAUCCUCUGUCUGAUCUUCCUCGUCUAAACAAUGGUCUUUCUAGCACUCCACUGAAACUCAUUGAAAAAUCUGUGUACACAGCUUCAGAUCCAACAAUGAGAUCUUCUAGUCCUGAAACUACUGAACCUGCUGUCUUUACCAUCUUGGAUGAGGAAGUGCUUUCUCCAGUAUCAACAAACAGCUUUUGUCAAAACUUUCCCAAUGAAUCUCCCAUGGUCAGCCAGGGAUCCUCAUCCAUCAAAAAGCCGUUUGAGUGGACGGCUCAAAGAAAUCCAAAGGAAAGCAGUAGCAGUCGAAGUCCUUCCACUGAUUCUUUCAAGAACUUUGAUUUCAGAGGUUACAGAGAAACCUCAAUCAACAGUACAGCCUCAGAUCGAUUCUUGAUGUGCCAAGACUCCGUAAGCAGCAGUUUGAUGGAAUUGGAAAUUAAUGUGGAUGGAGAUUCCUUGGACAACACCCUGACCCCUUUGAGUCCUCUUCAAGAUUUUAGAAGAAUUCAAAGCUUAAACCAGACUUCCCCCUAUCACUUAUCAAGACUUGAACCAAUGCAUCUCCACAAACCUUCAUACCAUCCCACUCCUGCUCACUCCACAGACACGUCACUAUUUCACAGACACAACCAGUUUCCACACCAAAGUCCGAUCUCCAGCACACACAUUUCUGGUAAAACCCAGCCAAGGAAGUUCAACUGUUAUAACGACAAUGGGAGAUUUCCACUUAGUAAUAGAAUAGAUACUGCAGAUAGAAGGCACCAGGAGACACGAGACCAAAACAGCUUGAUCAGCAGAGGAGAAUGUUUACACAAAUCUCCAGAAUGUCUCACAAAGACAAAAGGCUGCAAUAAUUCCAUAGAAAAGGACUUCUACGGCACAACUGUAUCAGACUAUGACAUGAUUUCAGUUGAAUUGCAGGACUGUUCCCAGCCAUCCCCACAUUAUAAGCCCUUUCCUGUAGCUCCUUCUCAGAUCAGUGGACUCUCCCAAGAUGCUUCUGCCAAGUCUAAGAGCCUGGGAGAUCUAACAUCUGAAGACAUUUCAUGUAACUUUCAAAGCAAGUACAAGUCAAUCAGUCGAAGUUUUAUUACUCCUGCAAUGCAAGACCAAAGAUGGGUGAGUGGGUUGUCUGGUCGUCCGAAAUCUGCAGAUCCCUUAACUGAGCAACUUCGUAAACUUGUGACAUUGGAUCAUGAAGACUAUACAUGUGCUCCUUGUUCUCAACCCACCCCGAAACCUCUUUCAGUACUGCCACUUUGCUCUUCUCAGAGAUUGGCUGAUGAUCCUGAAGACCCUCCACCGUUUCUGUCAAGGCGAUUGUCAUCCCGCAGUCAAAGUCGUGUUCGUCAUAUAGCCAGUCGUGCACGUGAGAGACAACAAGAGGCCUUUAAACACCGGCCUGUUGAAGGUGCCAUGGAUGUAGUUCUCCGCAAUAAACCAGUGUCCUCCCAAUACCAUCCACCAAAUAGGCACUCUACAGGCUCAUAUAUCGCUGGUUACCUGGAACAACUGGGUCCUGAGGCUCGAGGCUUGCCUGAAGGAGCCUGUACCUCGCUACACUAUGGAUACAGAGAUCGCUACUAUAAUGACGAUUCUGUACUCCUCCCUCCUGAUUUCUCUAAUUCAUCGGAACCUGAGGUCUUUUUCCUACUUAGACUUUGACCUUGCAUCUCAGCCAUUGUUAAGACUGUGCAUGUAUUUCGUAGUAACAACUGCAACUACAUGUAGCAGGACACUUCCAGAAAUGUGUAAAAUAUCAUAUAACACAGUCUCUUAGGCCCUGUUUACACUAAUACGUUUUAGUUUUCAAACACGCAAGUUUUGAUACGAUUACGGCUUCCGUCCACACUACCCUGGAGUUUUCAAGCCCUGAAAUCGGAGCGUUUUGAAAAUGCUGAAGAGGCUAUUUUCGUUUUAAAACACUGCUGCUCAGGCGUGGCUGCAGACAUUUGCUAUCUAAUUAUUGCUUUUUCUCAAUAUUGAGUGCACAAUGGUCAGUCUUUAAUUAUUUUCAUUGUAAGUUCUGAUGUCGCAAGUUUGAUAAGAAAACAAGAUACUGAGGACGCCUCGGGUAAAUCUUCAAAAGGAACAGUGUACUUUAUAACAUCAUUCACAUCACCCUGGCUACAUUGUUUCAUGUUUACAAUAAAAAGAACACAUGAUAUGAGGAACUGCCCAUUUUCAUUUUAAUAUUAACAACAUAACAGACACCAAAAAUGUUGAGGCGUUGUGUAGCUACAUAUUUAUAUGAUCAUCAUCUUCACUGUAUGCAUAUUUAUAACAAAGUGGAGCCUAUAACAUAACUGCCUCCUUUCAUUUUCAUUGAAAGAUAUAAAACAUACCCUGUCUCUUUUGCUUAAUAUCAGUUUUAAUAAUCAAUAAUGGCCACUAUAAAAGUAUAACAUACAAUAAGUUUAUACAAUAUAGGAAAUAAAGGAAAGCAGUCAGUCAAAUGUGCAGACUUAUUUUACGUGGUUACAUAGAUUAAUAUAUUAACUUUUAAUAUAUUAUCUUUGCGCUCAGCCAAAACACGUUACCUGAGAACAAGUAAUAUUCAAAUGACCAAAGCGUCGUUAUAGAAACAAAUAUUAUGUUUAAAUAUCACAUUUAUUAAUUAUACUGAGAUGUGAUCCAGCAGUAGAUCCUUGAUGAACUGUCUGACGUGAGAAGCUCUCACCUGGGGAGGUGUGCUUAAAGCAUCAGCUGACUGCCUGGAGCUCAGACUUCCGCAUAUACUGCAGCGCAUGCCAGAGUACGUGCAUGGUCACGUGAUGUGCGUUUCAGCGGUAUAAUGAGAACAGAGAGCUUUUCAGAAAUGCUAGGUGAAACGCCAGUGUGGACGUGGAUCGUUUUCGUUCUAAAACGCCAUUUUAAAACUAAAAUGUAUUAGUGUAAACAGGGCCUUACAUGUGCUACCCCUGCUGUAUGAACAAAUUACUUUAGAUAUUUGUGGUCCCUGUCAUGCUUGAAUGAAUAUUUUGUUCAAAAUGUGUACUGUCACAAAGUAAAAUAAUAAUAAUAACAAUAAUAAUAAUAACAAUAACAACAAUAAUAAUAAUUAUAAUAAAACAGUAAAUGAUUGAAUUGGAUAUCUCUUUGAGACUUUUUUGAUGUUGUCGUCUAUUGGUUCUUUUUUAGAUUACACAAAUACAACAAAAUCAUGAAGGGGCUUCAAUUUUUAUUCAGUCUUCCUGUGUAUUAUGUUGUUUAUAUGUCUGUGUAGUAUGUGCAUACUAUGUUGGUACAUUUAUCGACAGUCCAAGCACUAUGGUUUUUAUGUAUGUUUGAAUUUACUGUGACAUUUUUCUUUAGCAUGUGAAGCGUAAACAUUUUAAGCAUGACUAUGCACAGACCUGUAGAUGCUGUGCUUUGAUUUUGCACAGAAUGAUUCUGUUGUAUUGAAUGCAAUACAUCACAUUUACCUGCUUGCUAACUUGCUUGCUUUCUAAUAGUCAUGAAUUUAAAGAAGAUUGAAACUCUUCUUCAUACUCUAAAGCUGUAUGGUUAAAGUUUUAUUUUUAUAAUUGCUUUGAUACAGAGAGCAAAAAUAAUGUUUGUUAGAAUGGUUUAGUUUUUUUUUUUUGUUUGUUUGUUUUUUGUAGAAAUUCUUCCCCAAUUUCCCUGUGCUUAAAGGCAUUAAGUCUAUUCUUUUUACUGCUUCUCAUCCAAGAUGAGUGUAAGCAUUUUCCUACCAUUGCAAUAAAAAAUGAAAUGUUUGCUAUGAGGUAAAACAU